CCGCCCCCAAGCUCCGCCCCCGAGGCCGCGUACCGCCAUCUUUGUUAGGGGCAGCGGGCCCAUCUCUGAGAUGCCGAAGUCUUGUGCGGCCAGGCAAUGCUGCAACCGCUACAGCAGCCGCAGGAAGCAGCUCACCUUCCACCGGUUUCCGUUCAGCCGCCCGGAGCUGCUGAAGAAGUGGGUGCUGAGCAUCGGCCGGGCCAACUUCAAGCCCAAGCAGCACACGGUCAUCUGCUCCGAGCAUUUCAGACCCGAGUGCUUCAGCGCUUUCGGGAACCGCAAGAACCUCAAACACAAUGCUGUGCCCACAGUGUUCGCUUUUCAGAGCCCCACACAGGUCUGUCCUGAGGUGGGGGCUGGUGGGGACAGCACACUGGAAGAGUCUGAGUCUCCAGACGCUGAAGGCCCUGCGACACAGGCCUUACCAGAGAGAACAGAAGCAAUGGAGGCCCCUGGCCUGCAAGCCAGCCCCAGGGGGUCGAAAAGGCCCCUUCUGGGACAGCCGCCUGAUCACAGUUACGCCCUUUUGGACUUGGAUACCCUAAAAAAAAAACUCUACUUCACACUGAAGGAAAACAAGAGGCUGCGGAGGCGCCUGAGGGCCCAGAGGCUGCUGCUCCGGAGGACGUGUAGCCGCCUGCGAGCCUACAGAGAGGGACAGCGGGGAUCACGGGCCAGACGGCCGGCACAGCGGAGCUGAGCCCGAGCAAGCUCUGGGGUGUGGCGAGGGUGGUGGCCCCCAGCAGGAAGUGGUUUUCGGCGGUUCCCCACUGGCCACUAAUGCUGCAGGGGCCUUGAGACAGGCAGUCGUCAGGGGAGGGACCCAAGUUCUGGGGGAGCGAGAGGCACAAUCUCAGGUCUCCUGGGCUGAGGAUGGCAGCUGUGGGGCUGUCCUGUAACAGUGACCAAUGUUAGGAGUUGUCACGGCCCUGUCAGAGAUGUUCCCGAGGGAGAGGUGGCCAUGCUUGCCGUUUGCCUCCAGGAACAUGUUUAGCCAGGCAAGGGUCCCCCACAUCAGCCUGUAUUUCUGAGUGACUCUGGGCUGGUUUUUGUAAACAGAAUAAAUUCUUUGAACUCUG